CACUGUGCAGUGGGCUUGUUUUAAUAUUUGUUCUGAGCUAACUUCCCUAAGAAGCUGUCGUACCACUCCCAGUCCCUCCCAGUCUUUUGUCAUCAUGUUACGUACAUGAAUCUACUCUGUGAGGCCAUGGCUCGGUUUGAAACACGGAACUAAGACGUGAAUGGGUAUUGGAUAGGAUAUGUCGUGAUCAGUAAAGCGCAAAUGUCUACAGUCACCCAGGCUUGGACAGGUGGCAGUCCUUGGUUAGGUUAAGGCGUUGGGAGUUUACUUGGUACAUUUAUUUUUGUUUUAUAUAUAGUCUGCCUGUAGAUUUCUAUCGGGACUAAUCAUGUUGUCAUUCGGGAAAAUGCGUAAACGCAUCGAGCCGGUUGUUUUAUGUGCCCAAAUAGCCAGCGCGUUUUUCGACACCUGUUUGCAGAUGGUAGUCAAGGAGAGAUGCGCCAACAUGACCGAUGCGCUCUAUCCCACCCCUACCGAAGACAGCCGGCAGAAAGCCAUGUCCAACUUCUACAUGAUAUAUAAUAUGCUGGCCAAGUUCAUUCCGAUCCUACCCGCUAUUCUUUUAGCUAAGGUAGGGGAUCGGGGGUACCGUAAGAUCCCCAUCGUUAUCCCUCUGGUGGGUUACCUGGUCUCCAGAGUGGUCUUACUCCUGGUCAUACUGAUGGAGCUCCCGGUACAGGUUCUGUUCGGUGGGGUGGUGGUCCACGGACUCAGCGGCGGGUUCUGCUCCUACUGGGCCGGGAUCAUGGCCCUGGUGUCGCUCACCUCCACCGAGGAGGACCGCUCUCUCCACAUGAUGCAUAUCGAGCUGGUCUACGGAGUAGCCGGUCUAAUAGGUAGUCUAGUGUCUGGGCACCUCUUCCAGUUGUACAGUGUGGAUUUUAAACAGGGGACUCUGUUAGUGAGCUUGAGUGUCUUCCUCUACUUUGUGUGUCUUAUCUACACAACGUUCUUCUUUCUAAUGCCAAACGUCUCGACAAGCGCGCAAGAGCGCACCGAGACCAAUGGCUUCGUCACCGAGCGAUAUUCCAGGAAUAUUUUGAACAUUCUGCUUCUCUUUGCGAGCGGUAUUUUAUAUGACGUGGCUGUCGGAGGAGGGAUGGAGAUAUUGGUGACCUUUGAGAUGAAGGAGCCCCUGAACUGGAGUGCUACACAGGUAGGUUACGGUAACGCCGCCGGGUUCCUGGUCUUCCUGACCAGCUUCCUGGGCGUCAUGGUAAUGUCCAGGUGGGUGAGUGACGUCACCCUCAUCAUCAUCGGCAUGGUGUCCUUCGCCGCUGGGAUCUACUUCAUGGCCUUCGUCACGGCAACGUACAUGUUCUAUCUGGCUCGAGCCUUAACCCUGUUCGCGCUGAUUCCCAUGCCAACCAUCCGGGCUCUUCUAUCUAAACAGGUGAACGGCUCAUCGUACGGGAUCACCCUCAUCUCACUGCAGCUGUCCUUUAAGAUCGCCAGCCUGGCCUACACUCCCAUCUACACCAAGGUUUACCAGGCUACGCUGGACUGGUUCCCUGGGUUCGUCUUCACCCUGUCCAGCAUCAUCACUGUCCUGGCCACCAUACCUGUCAGCAUGGUGGGCUGCAGAGCUGGCCGGGCUGAAGGUUACGAGAGGAUCCCGGGGGACUGACAGCGGACGGCUUUGAGAUUGAGUCACGUUAAUAUCCUUGGUGCCGCCAUCACAGGCCCUCGUCCGUCUCUGUGACACUUGAGCUGACAUCCGCAGCACUUACCAUGAAUUCAAUCUCUGCAAACGUAUGGUGUUGGUAGCGGAGUGCACUAUCAACAUGCCCAACUGACUGACAGGGCUGAGACAGGGCACUGUUGAAAACACUGACAUUCUCUAAAGCCUUCAAAUUCUGGACCUCCAAGCCAGUUCAUUGUUCCCCUCUGUUCCCCCAGAGCUGAAUUAACUUGAAAUACUGUACUGUCAUUUUUUUAAUACAUUAUUCUUUUUUUGUAUUUUAACUAUUGUAAUUGUUUAUUAUGUAUAUCAAAAGCAUUUGAGUGAACAGAUUAAAUACUUUUUUAUUUUA